GGAACAUACCCUGCCACUCACGUUUCCGCAUCCGCUAGAGCAUGGCCACCGCUGAUUCACCAACGGGACGGCUAUAGAACAGGAUACGACCGCUCAGGCGCAUACGCGACUGUGCCAUAUAGGCAUUGGCAGAAGCAGCAACUCGUCCCCACAACGCUUCUAGGUCGACCGUACGGCACCCGCCGAAUGCAAAUAUAGCGCCGACAAUGAGCUCGCUAGCGAAGGACAUCACACAAGACAGCAUGGUGGAACAUCGGGAUGACAAACAGCGAGUCAGCCGGAGGAGUUCAUGGGCAUGCUCGCGGUAUACAAUUGUUGCCACCCUGUUAGGCCUGGGGGCGCUGGCUCUCAUGGCGCAGUCUUUCCUCACCAGGCAAAUGGACACCAAGGGGUGCGUUAUGUCCUACAUGCGGCCAGCCUACCUCAAGUUUGACGAUUUCGAUACGGAGCACACAAGAUUCGCAAACAAGUACGCCCUCUAUCUGUACCGCGAAGGUGGCAUCGAUGAGGAUUCCAGGGUCAAAGGCGUGCCCGUUCUCUUCAUUCCGGGUAACGCUGGAAGUCACAAACAGGUUCGAUCGUACGCCUCCGAAGCAGCGUACCACUACCACAACUCCAUUCGCCACGAGACCGGAGGAAAUAGAGCAAGCAGAAGGCCCCUAGACUUCUUCGCUGUGGACUUCAAUGAAGAUUUUACUGCGUUUCACGGACAAACGUUGCUGGACCAGGCUGAAUACCUCAAUGAUGCUAUAGCGUUCAUCUUAUCUUUGUAUCAUACGCCAUCACGAUCUUUGAGAGAUCCGACUUUGCCGGACCCAACAUCGAUCCUCAUAGUUGGCCACUCCAUGGGUGGUGUAGUCGCUCGAACGAUGCUCACCAUGCCGAACUAUCAAUCCAAUUCUAUCAAUACCAUCGUCACACUUGCCGCACCUCAUGCCAGGCCUCCAGUCUCUUUCGACGGAGACAUUGUGCGUACAUACGACGGAAUCAACAACUACUGGCGACGCGCCUACUCCCAAGAAAUGCCGGCCAACAAUCCUCUUCAGCACGUUACGCUGAUUUCCAUCGCCGGUGGAGGCUUGGACACAAUAGUGUCUUCCGACUACUCAAGCCUUGCUUCUCUCGUGCCCGAGACACACGGCUUCACUGUGUUUACAUCCUCCAUUCCGAAUGCGUGGACUGGAGCGGACCAUUUGGCCAUUACAUGGUGCGAUCAAGUGCGGAAAAGCGUGGUGCGCGCGCUCUACGAUGUCAUUGAUGUAGCGAAACCUACUCAGACGAUUCCACGCGCAGAUCGCAUGCGGGCUUUCAAGAGGUGGUUCUUGACAGGACUCGAGGACAAUGUCGAGAAGGUUUUGCUACGUGGAGAACCAGAGACGCUGUUGACCGUCGAACAAGCAAGCGCUGGCGUAGCUUCGGGCGAAAGAUUCGUGCUGAGGACGUUGGGUCAGUUUGGGCCAGGACCGAAACCCUACAUUCUCCCUAUACCAGAAGGGCUACCCCAUGACAGCAGGUUCACCCUUCUUACGAGUGAAAAAUUGGACACCGCUGGGCAAGCCGGCAGACUUGAGGUUCUCUUUUGCAACGUAUUUCACGCUCAGACUGGACAGUCCACGAGUCAAUUUCAGGUGAACACAGAUCUGUCUAGUGACAGCUCUGUCCCUACCAGACUGGCCUGUAAAAAUGUCGCAUCUGAUACUGCCAUUCUUCCUGCGUCUACGAUACAUUCCACGCAUCCGUUCAAGAACGACCAACAACCCUUUUCGUAUCUACAAUACAAGGCGGGAGAUCUUUCGGGACACCAGUUCAUCGUCGUCAUCGACAGAGCCAAACAACACAGCUAUGGCUGGGUCAUUGCCGAGUUUAGCACCGAAGCUCAGUCAAUGUACCAGGCAAAUGUAAGCCUACGGCGCCUUUUAGUCACAGGCUUGAGCCUUCACCUACCCUCGCACCGGCCAUUGAUCACGGAAGUGAAGGUACCAGCGCUACAUUCAAGCCUCCUUGCAUACAACCUUCACAUUGAGCAGGUACAGUGCGCCGAUGGAGAACUAUUCGUGCCACUUGUCCGACAGUACAUCACCGAAGUUUACGAGAGCAAAUACUUCGUGAACGUCAAAGACGCAGACAUUAAUCUUCACGGAGUUGCACCGUACAUGCCACGUCCCCUGUUCGCAAAACAGACUACCAAUGGUCUCUCUUUCCAGGUCUGGAGCGAUCCCACCUGCGACAGCGGAAUGGACAUCACAUUAAGAGUUGAUCUCCUGGGUAGUCUGGGAAAACUUUGGAUGCGCUACCGAAUCGUUUUCGCAGCUUUCCCGUUGCUUGUCGUCGCAAUAGUGCUUCGACAUCAGUUUAUGACGUACGACGAGACUGGUGUGUUCGUCAGCUUCACCGAAGGCAUGAAUGAAUGUGUGCGAACCUCGCUUCCUAUGACCUUGAGCGCCUUAACGCUUCUGGCCAUCUCACUGGCAGGAGCCCGCAACCAAGUUGCUGGUUCAACUCACGAUGCUAGCCACCUUAGAGACACGAGCCACGAGCUACUGUUGGGUACGCAAGACACCUUUUUCUGGUUCCUAGUCCCGCUGUUUGGCUUCAUGUGUGUCGCUGUCUGUGUUGUCGUCAACUAUGUCGCACUGGGUCUCGUUACGAUUCUGGCGCUUUUGUACUCCCUGUUCCCCUCUGCAUCGACAGUCGACGACCAGACGACAUCUGCUACAUUCGCCGUAUCUUCGACGAGACAGCGCGUUAUCACGACCUCCAUCCUAUUGUUACUAGUAUCGACAGUCAUACCUUACCACUUCGCAUAUGUAGUGCUAUGCCUUGUGCAGCUAGCCACUUGUGUACGCAGUAUAAGUCUGACAAGAGAUACGCGUUUGGAUACGAACUACAACUUUUCGAACUACACACACUCCAUCUUCAUCCUCAUGCUAUGGAUCUUGCCUAUCAACCUCCCAGUGCUCGUGGUGUGGAUUCGCAACCUCACGAUUCAUUGGUUAACCCCAUUCUCGUCGCACCACAAUAUUCUCUCCAUCAUGCCGUUUAUCCUCCUCGUCGAGACCCUGAGCACAGGCCGCAUGGUCCCACGUGUCCAGUCACGUCUCUCACUCUUGACAAACGCCAUCUUAUUUUCGAUCGCUGCAUACGCGGCGGUUUACGGCGUCACGUACGCUUACGUUCUACAUCACUUGGCGAACAUUUUGUGCGCAUGGCUUGUGGCCAUUCACUUUGAUACCUCUCUACUAUCAGCCAAGCGUAUCGGCAAUAUUCUGGACACCAUAGAUCCGGAUAGUGACCCGAAAAAGCGACCUUGAAAAGCAGAAUCAAUGUUCAACAGAAGGAUCAAGGCCAGCAUCCAUACCAAUACCAAAGCCCGAGCUGACAGUUUCAUGGAGUUAUGCGAAUCAUGUUUGCAAUGCAUACGUUCGUCCAGAAUUACUACAAGCAUUUCAAUGGCGUUAUAUACCCACCCAAACGUACAUUUUGCUUCAGCAAUCCAUUAUUGGCCGUGGUUCAACCCGGCGUCUGCAUUGCGACCGGAGCGUGUUAGGCAGAUCUCUCUCCGAUUGAUUACCUUUAGGCUAUGUCUCCGACUUUUGCAUGAAGCUAGUAAUGCUUUAAUUUUAAUGCGGAGAUCUGACAUGGGCCGGCAUGGUGAUAGAUGGAUGGGUCACUUUUGGCCAGUUCAGAGAGUGGAGGGUGGAAAUGGUGGUUGUGGCAUCAUCGAAGUUUGGAGGCAAUAGUAACUGGGGCCGUCGUAGAUAUCCGGC